GUCAGUCUGUUCCAUCCAUACAUGGUGUCCAGUAUGCAGUGCAUGGUGGUCAUAUGCCCGUUUCUAGCAGCUCCACAGAGGGGUCUGAACUAUCAGAGCUAAAGGACAUGUUGAGACGUCAACAAGAGCAGCUUAAUCAACUGUCCCAGAGUGUUGCCACGUUACAGCGCCCUUAUCAAAGGCCUCGUGGCAACCCCAUUAUAUGCAGGCGGUGCCAACAGCCUGGCCAUUUUGCCCAAGAUUGUGACGGGCCAAGGGUUCCUCCUCAUGCCCAGGCCUUCUCGGCAAACCACCCUAGGAGCAAUGGACAGUUUUCACCUCGUCCGUCGGCGGGAAACUAGCACCCACCGAACUGCAGAGCCAAAGUUCUGGUGGGGGGUUGCCUGGCUCGAGUAACGUGUCCGUCGGAUCUAGCUUAAUCUCAUCAUGUCCCCAUUUAGAUGUACUCAUUGGUGGGGUCCCGGUACCAUGCCUAAUAGACACCGGGUCAAUGGUGUCUACCGUCACCGAGACCUUCUUUUUGAAUCACUUUGAACCCUGGGGCUCUGACCGUCUGCGCUCUUGUCAAUGGCUACAGCUCCGGGCAGCCAAUGGGCUGAGCAUACCCUACGUCGGCUAUUUAGAACUGGAUGUUGAGCUUUGUGGAAAGUCCAUAGCACAGUGCGGUGUUCUGGUUGUGAGAGACCCACCUGGGGGGAUUGGCCUCCAGGCACCUGGUGUGCUCGGCAUGAACAUUUUGAAUAAAUGCUACCAUGAGCUUUUUGGGCAGCAUGGUCUGGCCCUCUUCGGACUGCCCUCUGUCUCUCAGGCUCAUGGUGCUGUUGCUGAGGCCCUACAGCGGUGUCAUUUUGCAGAAACUCACCCCAUAAGGCCAGGGAGGGUCAAAGUCCGUGGAGGCCGAGCCCAUCGUAUCCCGGGUGGCACUAUGGUUAUGGUAGCUGCUACAUGUUCAGCACAGUUUUCCGACACCUCGGUAUUGUUUGAGCCCACGGACAGAGGACUUCCUGCGGGCUUGUUGGCCUCGCCAUCUCUGAUCCGGGUGAGCCGUAGUACUAGCUACAUACCGAUAGUUAAUGUGGGCACGGAAGAUGUGUUACUGUAUCCUCGCACCGAUUUGGGAAGUUUGUGUUGUGUGCAAGUGGUGAGUUUGCCCGCAAGUGUCACCGAGGUCAACACUGUGAUGGCCACUGUUGCCUCCCAGAUGGUUACAUCAUCAGUACCAUCCCAGAUUGAGGAAAUUGACCUCUCUGUCUUGGAGGCUUCAGACCAGGAAAGGGUCCGGAAUUUGCUACAGCGGUUCAGCGGAAUCUUUGCCUCCCAUGAUGGGGACCUGGGUUGUACUAACCUCCUCUCUCAUCAGAUUCCACUAGUCGAUGAGGCGCCAGUUCGACAACGAUACAGGCGUAUCCCCCCAUCGGAAUAUGAGAUGGCUAAGGCUCAUAUCAAUUUAUUGAUGGAGGCACAAGUUAUCACUGAGAGUUGUAGCCCAUAUGCGUCCCCUAUAGUGUUGGCCCGAAAGAAGGAUGGUAGUCUCCGCAUGUGUGUUGACUACCGCCAACUAAACGCGAAGACACGCAAAGACGCUUUCCCUCUUCCUCGCAUCGAGGAGUCCCUCGAUGCAUUGACAGGAGCCCACUGGUUCUCUACUAUGGACCUAGCCAGCGGGUAUCACCAGGUCCCUGUUGCGGUGGGUGAUCGUGCCAAGACGGCCUUCUGUACACCUUUCGGCCUCUUCGAAUGGCAGCGAAUGCCAUUCGGCCUUUUCAGGAACAAGAUCCCGUCUUCCAGGAGGUUGUGCCACAUUGGAGGCGAGGUGUUAAACCUGGGCCUGCUGAGAGACAGCGAAUGUCCAAGUCGGCAUUGGUUCUCUUACGCCAGUGGGACCGACUAG